AUGACUCCGCAAUCUACUGCUACUUCUCCUGUUGCGUCCGCUGUCUCCUCCGCCACAAAUUCUCAGAUUUUUAGCGACCCGCGAGAUGGAGAUGCUGCUCAGGUAACCCGUGCCCUUGCGGGCAUGAAUCUGUCCGCCAUGAAUGGGGAUUCACUUCCUGCGCCUCCGCCACACGGCGCCACGAGACCGGCCAGGCCUACCAUGGCAAAUCGCAUCUCUCGCAUGUUUUCUUCCACCAAGACCACCACUUCCAAGGACCAGCCCUCGGAUUCAAAUCGUGACUUUUCCGAUAGCAGUUCGGAUGGCGCCAAGGCUCCUUCGGCCAAUGGCAGUCAGAAGCCAGGCAGCAAGCCCUCGUCUAAACCUCCGUCCCGCGCACCUUCUCGCCAGACCUCCACUAAAGGUGACGAUAGAGAUAAAGAGAAGAAACCCAAGUUGAGCAGUGGCAAAGAGCAGAAAGAUAGCGCCGCCAUCAUUAGCAAGCGGUUUGAGUUGCAGACCGACGGGAAUCACGUGCAUCAUCUCAGAAGUGCCCGUCGACAGGAGAAAUUGACCGAUCUCCUCCGUGAUAUGCUUGGUGGGAGCCGGAAGAAGGAUGACCACGCUGAUGAUCAGCAGCAGCUGUCCCUCAUGUCCACCUGGAUCGAUCAGUUCAAGAACGAACGCGAUAAGUUGGCCGCAGACAAGAAGGGUGGCCCCAACGCCACCGCGUCGUUGGUUGACAAGUACGGCAAGUGCCAGGAGAUUGUGGGUCGUGGUGCCUUUGGUAUCGUCCGCAUCUCUCACAAGGUGGACCCAAAGGACCACAAAAUGGAACAGCUCUAUGCCGUUAAAGAAUUCCGCCGUCGGCCCCAAGAAACCGCCAAGAAGUACCAGAAGCGGUUGACCUCGGAGUUCUGCAUUUCCUCGUCGCUGCGCCACCCCAACGUCAUCCACACACUCGAUCUAUUACAAGAUGCCAAGGGCGAUUACUGUGAAGUCAUGGAAUACUGUGCAGGCGGAGACCUGUACACUCUGGUUCUGGCAGCCGGCAGACUCGAAGUGGCCGAAGCCGAUUGUCUAUUCAAGCAACUGAUGCGUGGUGUUGAAUACAUGCACGAGAUGGGUGUCGCUCACCGCGAUCUGAAACCCGAGAAUCUCCUAUUGACCACUCAUGGUGCACUCAAGAUCACCGAUUUUGGUAACGGUGAGUGCUUCCGUAUGGCCUGGGAGGAGGAAGCCCACAUGACGGCCGGUCUGUGUGGAUCCGCUCCGUACAUCGCCCCCGAAGAGUACAUCGAGAAGGAAUUCGACCCCAGAGCGGUCGAUAUCUGGGCAACUGGUGUCAUCUACAUGGCCAUGCGUACGGGACGACACUUGUGGCGGGUUGCCCGUAAAGAUGAAGAUGAAUUCUACCAACGUUAUCUGGAGGGCCGCAAACACGAAGAUGGCUACGCUCCAAUUGAAACUCUUCAUAGGGUAAGACCUGGCAACACUACGUCUCGUGAUGAAAAGUCCACCAAACUUACUCGAUCCCAGGCUCGUUGCCGCAAUGUGAUCUACUCUAUCCUGGACCCAAAUUCCACUCGUCGUAUCAAUGCCUCGCAGGUCCUGAAAUCUGAAUGGCUUCGUGAGAUCAAGCUGUGCAAGGCAGGCGAGGAAGGGUUUUGA